AUGCCCGACUUGCACAGUCUCCCUGAUGGCUGGGUGCCAGGAAGUGAUAUCUUGCGCAACAAUGGUCCAGAUCACCUUGUGAUCGAGCGAUUCAAGUUGCGAGAACUUGCGGAGGGCUGGCCGUGUUACAGGGACGCAUGCGAGUGGGAGAACUUUGAAUCUAUUUUUCACGAGGAUGCUCACGUAUAUACGACGUGGUCCGGGCGAGUCAAGUACACCGACUUCAUCGCGGGCUCGAAAGCCGGUAUGGACAAUGGAGCAUUUAUUAUGCACCGGUGUCAUGGGACCACGAGCGACAUCACCCCGGACGCGAAGCGUGCAGUCACCAAGAUGAAGGCGACCAUAACACAGAGGUUCGUCAUAGACGGGUGUGAGGUCGACGCAGAGGCGGACUGCCGGUUCAUCUUCUUCUUUGAGAAGAAGAAUGGCCGGUGGGGUGCCCGGUUCGUACGCCACUGGUACGAGAAAGACAAGUUGAUACCCGUCAACCCUGCCAAGGUGCCGGUGCUCAACGAAGAGCAGCUCAGAUCGUACCCUGAUGGGUAUAAGGUACUGGCCUACUGUCAAGAAGCCACCAUGGGUGUUUCGGUUCUUAAGGAUAUGCCUGGUCAUCGGCGCCACGUGGGGACAGCGUCCGGUGACAAGCACGAUCUUCUCUACAGGCAGGCACGUGCCUGGUUGGAAGGAGGUGAAAUAGAAGUCUAG